GUGCUCAUGCUCAAGGUGGUUCUUGGUGCCUCACUGGAUGUCACCUCCGUGUUGAAAUUCUUUGGCCACAUGUCCUUGACCUCCAUCGUCUUUGGCGGAUUGGCAGGACUUCUGGCAGUGGCGAUUAUCGGCAAGUGCGCAGAGGAGCGGUUCCACAACGAUGCCUUGAUUCAGGUCAUCACCACGCUUUGCUGUGCUUACCUGGCCUUCUUUGUGGCUGAGAGUGAGCUGAGCACAAGUGGAGUACUGGCAACGGUUUCAGCUGGCUUCGCUGUUGCCUACUAUGCAUGGCCUCGUUUCGUUUCCCUGGAGGCGAUGGAAAUUGUUUGGGAGACCGUCGAGUUUGUCGGCAACACGGUCAUUUUCUUCCUCGCUGGCCUCCUCUUUGCCGAUACCGUGCUGGAUUCCCUGGGCAUUAUCCACCUCAGCGACUUCGGCUACCUUGUGCUGGUCUACAUUGCGCUCCUAGUAAUACGAUCCCUCAUGAUGGCGAUUCUGUGGAUUCCGCUCAACCAGGUCGGCUCCCCGGUGGAUCCACGUGAGGCCAUCGCCAUGAUCUGGAGUGGACUUCGAGGUGCAGUGAGUUUGACCUUGGCGAUCAUCAUC